AUGCGGUCCGCAGCGGGUGUCGAUAAGCUAUGGGAGGAUACUGGUGCCAGUGUCUCGAUUGAGCUGUUCAUCAAGUCCCACUGGGAACAUGAGCACAAUUGGCUCAAGAACAUGGAAGACCUUGUACAAGGUGGCACUUCAGGCAAGUCCGGCGCCGCCGGCUGCGCAGCCCUUGGCAACGAGUGUAACCCCAUGAACGGCCUUAGCUGCGCCGAUCAGUUUGAUCGAUAUGGAACCACCCCGCUCAAUAAGAGCUCGUACUGGAUCUUCCAGGCCGUUCGCGGCAUGCACUCUAAAUUCUCCGAGCUCAGUCGCCAACUGACUCAGGAAACCCUCAUUAAUGGCCUGCGCAUUGGCCAGAUGGUGUCCGAUUUUGACGGCUCAGAAGGGAGCCCAGGACAGGCCAUGGGUUGGAUCGCUGGUGCGGCGACCAUGGGAAACGCUAUUGGUGGCAUGAUUCCAGGAGUUGGUGGUGGUAUUGCUGCCGCUAUGGGUGUUAUUGGUGGCCUCUUCACCGGCCUUGCCACCCUGACCAGAGACCAACCGCACUUUGAGGAUUGCCGUCGGCGGCGGUCUCAACGCAGACGAGUACAACUCCUUCCCGCGCCUAAGUGGGAUACCUAUGAAACCAAGAUUGCCAAGUUCUUCAAUGGCGGUUGGUUCCUUAUUGACGAUGACGAGUCUAUCGUGCGUGAUACCGUUAGCUCAAUCCGCAACAACAUCCAGAAGAAGGUCGCCAAUGACGUCAUCAAGGCCGCCCGGUUCCACCUUGUCGCCGACAGGCGCGAGAAUGAUGGCGAGGAAUACUGCUUCUACCUCAUGCGCCACAACAACAACCCCAACCGUGAGAACGAGUGGGUUGAAGCGGAGCCCGGUAUCUACGAAAAGAUGGCUUCUUAUGGUCUCGGAGACCGCGAGCCUUACUACAGUGCCAGCAUCAACUGCGCCCUGCACGGACCAGAGAACAAGGAUACUAUUGACUUGUCUAACACUGUUUUCGGACAGAUUCCUACCUGCUACUUUAACCUGCCCACUGUCUUCAUUGAUCCCGACAACGAGGUCGGUUGCGGUAGCCCCUUCGACGAUGAGAAGUGCAGCUACCUCAAGUCGACCCCUGUUUCGUAA